ACUUUACUCUACAUUUACCUCCCUACAGCUCUCCAUGUUCCUCCACAGGUCUGAUGCUCGAGCAGAUAUCUGAAGGUUUAGAAUCAAUGCGAGUUUAACCGGAUCCUCAGAGAGGGGUUUCGAUACACUUCAGCAGCUACAACAAACACUCCACUGAUGUGUGUGUGAGACAGAGAAACUUCCAGCUGUGUCUGCAUGGACACAAUAAUGGACUAAAGCCCUCACAGAUGAACAUCCAUCCAGUUUCUUUGAGCUCUGUAAAGUGAAUAGUGUUAUUGAAGUGUGAAGAUGCUGCAGCAGAUCUUAACUGACAUGUACAUUGAACCGGAGCUGCUGGCUGAGCUGAAUGAAGAGCAGAAACAGGUUUUGUUUUUCAAGAUGAGAGAAGAACAGAUCAGGAGAUGGAGAGAGAGAGAGAUGCGGCUGGAGAAAGAGGAGACUGCACACAUGAAACACAAAAAAGUUUCAGGGAAGUGUGUAUCAUGGAUGAAGGGUCUGGAUGAUGACGUGUGGGUUUGGGUGAUGGGUGAACAUGCUGAUGAUAAACCAUACGAUGAGAUCUGUGAUGAGAUCAUGACUGAGAGAGCAGCGCUGCAGGCCAAGAGAGAAGCCGAGCAGCUCAGGGCAAAGAAAGAGGCAGAGCUGGAGAAGCGUUUUUCAGGUGUCUAUCUAGAACAGAGGGAACAGGAAGUGGAGCAAGAGAAGAUCAGACAGGCUGCUGCCAUAGAACAGAGAAGAGCUGAGGAGGAACUCAUGAAACGGGAGGCGCUGGAGAGGAGUAAAGCAGAGGAGGAGCUGCGGAGGCUGGAGCAGGAGAGAAAACAGCAGAUUUACAUGCGUCUGAAGGAGGUGCAGACCAAUAAACAGACUCAAGAGGAGGAGGAGGAGAAACAGUGGCAGGAGACAUUGCGGAAGUCAAAAGCCGCAGACAUGCGCAGACGCUCCCUGGUCAAACAGACCAUCGAGGACCAACGCAGACGCUCUGUCAAAGCUCUAGAGAGAGGUCGUGUGGCAGCCAUUACAAAGACCUUCUGUGGAGGAAAUCCAACCUCUCCACCCAAACCCAAACCCAGAAACACCACGACCAGCAGCGGUGCCAUCACUCAGAAGCCAGAAUUGCAGCGCUCAUUGUCAACGUCUAGUCGAGCACAUAUCAUUCGCUGGUUUAAGGAGGAACAGCUGCCUCUCAGAGCGGGUUUCCAGCGUGACCAGAGCGGGAUUGCCCCCUGGUUCCACGGUAUUAUAACUCGUGAGAAGGCAGAGGAGAUGUUGAAUGAGGGGGAGGCCGGUCACUUCCUGGUGCGUGUGAGCGAGAGAAUCUUUGGAUAUGUGCUUUCUUACCGAUCUAAAGAGGGAAUCAAGCACCUGCUCAUCGAUGCUUCAGAGAGCUGCUACAUGCUGUUAGGAGACCACAUCAAAUUCACUUCACUUACAGAACUGGUGGAAUAUCAUCAGGUGGAGCCGCUAAGCCCGUCUGGAGGGGAGUAUCUACUGCACGCCUGUGGACAGAGAGCAGGUGCUGCUGACUACACAGACCUCUUCAGCUGAACUAUAAACACUGACAUAAACCACCUGAGUGAAGAAUAUUUGAGCCUUCACACUGUAAACAAGUGUACUGCACUGUGAUACUUAACAGGAAUCAUUGGACAAAAUUGUCAGCACUGAAUGAAUGAUUUAAUAAUAAUAAAUACAAUAAUAAAUUGAA